GCGGGACAAUGCGGGACUCCUUCCUGGUAGAGGGAGUGGCCUUCAAGAAGACCUUCUCCUACGCGGGCUUCGAGCAGCAGCCCAAGCGAUUCGAGUCCCCCAAGAUCCCAUUUCUGAAUAUCGAGCUGGAGCUCGAGUCCCAGGUGGGACAAUGCGGGACUCCUUCCUGGUAGAGGGAGUGGCCUUCAAGAAGACCUUCUCUUACGCGGGCUUCGAGCAGCAGCCCAAGCGAUUCGAGUCCCCCAAGAUUCUCCUCCUGAACAUCGAGCUGGAGCUGAAGAGUGAGAAGGAGAACGCGGAGGUGCGGCUGUCGGACCCAUCGCAGUACCAGUCGAUUGUGGACGCGGAGUGGAAUAUCAUCUACUCCAAGCUGGACAAGUGUGUGCAGAGCGGGGCAAAGAUUGUCCUGUCUCGUCUCGCCAUCGGCGACCUGGCAACCCAGUACUUUGCGGAUCGGGACAUCUUCUGUGCGGGGCGCGUGGCAGAGGACGACAUGCAGCGCGUGGCCAAGGCUACAGGGGGAGCCGUGCAGACCACUGUGAACGACCUCAUCCCUGAUGUUCUCGGAAGCUGCGCGCUGUUUGAGGAGAGGCAGGUGGGCAACGAGCGGUACAACCUCUUCACUGGCUGCUCCAACGCCAAGACUGCCACCAUCGUGCUGCGAGGAGGGGCGGACCAGUUUAUCGAGGAAGCAGAGCGCAGCCUACACGAUGCCAUCAUGAUUGUGAGGCGCGCCAUCAAGAACGCUGCAGUGGUGCCCGGGGGAGGUGCCAUUGAUAUGGAGAUCAGCCGUCACCUGCGUCUGCAUGCACGCACCAUAGCGGGCAAGCAGCAACUUUUCAUCAAUGCAUAUGCGCGCGCGCUGGAGGUGAUUCCACGCCAGUUGUGUGACAAUGCUGGGUUUGACUCCACUGAUGUGCUAAACAAGCUCAGGCAGAAACACGCGCUGCCUUCUGGCGAGGGGCAGCGUUUUGGAGUGGAUGUGAAUUCAGGCGGCAUUGUCGACACGUAUGCAUCGUUCGUCUGGGAGCCAAUUGUGGUCAAGGUGAAUGCCAUCACAGCAGCAACCGAGGCAUCCUGUCUUGUGCUCAGUGUUGACGAGACAGUUCGCAACCCACGAUCCGAGGCUGCACAAGACGGUGGAAUGGGUGGCAUGGGCAGAGGAGGAGACCCGUGCAACACGGCGCGCCUGGCGCUGCGCUUCCUCACACGCACAUUCCGUUUUCCCAUCCUCGCCAAUUCCCCGCCUCUCCAUCUCCCCAACACUCAUCCUGCUCUGCAAAUCUCCCCCCCCUCAUUCCCGUCCGUGCCUGCGGGGAGCCUGAGAGCGGCGCAUCUCGAGCCGCGGCUGGCCGUGCAUCACGGCGUGCCUGGCGCUGCUUCCGUGCUCGCCUACGAUCCCGUGCAGCGGCUGCUCGCAGUGGGAACGCGGGAUGGGCGCAUCAAGGUGUUCGGGAACGAUGGCAUCGAGGCGCUGCUCUGCUCGCCUGCCCAUGUGUUCAGGCAUGAUGGCAUUGAAGCUCUGCUCGCCUGCCCAUGUGACAUCCAACCAUCUCUUCUCUUUCCCAUCUCCUCUCCACCCACUUCCCCCCCACUCCCCACCAGGGAUGGGCGCAUCAAGGUGGAUGGGCGCAUCAAGGUGUUUGGGCAUGAUGGCAUCGAGGCGCUGCUCUGCUCGCCUGCCAAGGCCGCGUGCAAGUUCCUCGAGGUCACUUUUUUCAAUGCCAUUGAGGUCACGUUUUUCAAUGCCAUUGAGGUGCGUAGAUGGAUGGAUGUGCAUGCGGGUGUGUGGUGUGUGCAUGCACGUAUAUGGGCAUCUGGAUGGAGUCUGGCUGAGCGACAGAUGACAGACUCGCUGCAGCGGGACGUUGUCAUCACCUCAUUCCCCCUCCCUCCCUGCUCCUUCCCUCCCUCCUUCCCUCCUUCCCUCCUUCCCUCCUCCUUCCCCUCUUCCCUUCUUCCCUUCCCCAACCCCAUGCGUGCAGAUCUGGAUCUGUGCGCCUGUGCCAUGCAUUCCCCAUCUUUCAUCCUUCCCCUGACCAAUGGAUUACGGUCGUUAUUAUCUACUCCGCCGCACACCGCUCCCUCCCAUCGCAGCUAUGUGGGCGACGAGAACGGCGUCUUCCACGUGUUGGAGCUGGAUGGGGGGCGGCUCAACAAGCGCCCCUACUCCGUGCCUCCCUAUGUCACCAUGGCGGGUCUUGUGAAGCAGGAGUCCACACACGUGCCAGCGCUGAUAGCCAUUCUCCCCCAGCCCGAAGCCCUCCACACGCGAGUCCUCCUCGCCUACUCCAACUCCCUCGCGCUCCUCUGGGACCUCCACGCCCUGCGCGUGCUCGCCACGCGCGGCGGCUCCGAGACACAGUGCACGCGCCUCUCCGAAGCGGGCGACCGCCUCGCAGACCUCCAAACAGGCAGGCGAAACGUCCCGAAGCCCACGGAUGAGGAUGAGGAGGAUGACGAGGAGUGUGAUGGGCCUGAGCUCUCGUGCUUGUGCUGGGCGUGCCCGGCCGGAUCGGUGUUUGCUGCUGGGUAUAGCAACGGAGAGAUUGCGCUCUGGGGGUUGCCGCACCCGUCAUUACCCGUAGGGGGGGGGAUGGCAGCAGCGGGAGCAGCGGGCUCAGGGGGAGCAAUGGGAUCCAUGGGAUCAUUGCCACUGUCCGGGUCUCUUUCCUCGUCUGCUCCGCUGAUCUCGCUGUCGUCGCCGUCUGGCGGGUGGUUGGUUGCGCCGAUCUCGCCGUGCACUGUGAAGGCGCUUGCGGAGGAGAUUACAUCGCAGCCGUUGGUUCGGCUGCAGGUGCAGGGCGGGAAGGGCGAGCGGUCGGCGAUCACGGCACUGCGAUGGUGUGCCGAUGCGCGGCGCGCAGGGGAUAGAGGCGGAGACAGAGGAGACAGAGGAGAGAGAGGAGACAGAGGAGAGAGAGGAGACAGAGGAGAGAGAGGAGAUAACAGAGAAAGAGGAGGGGAGAGAUUCACAGAGAGGGGAGGAGGGAGGCUGUAUGUGUGUGGGGGAGAGAUGCCGGGGCUACCGGGAUCAGUGAGUGUGGUGCAGCUGGGGGGGUUAGAGGAGGGCAUGAAGGAGAAGGGCAUGGUGAAGCUGCCGUGGUUUGGGCCCGUGGCCGAUGUCGUGGUGGCACCUAGUGCGCUCGGCAGCACGGUUGCCUCUGCUAUUCUCGUCCUCACCUUCCCCGGACAGGUCCAUUUAUACGACGAGCCGGGCAUGGAGUGGCACCUGUCAGCACGCCUGCUCUCCCCUUCACCCUCCUCCCACACGCCCACUCCGCCCGACCCCGUGGCGUUUGAGAACCCGGGCUCGGCGGUCACCACGGGCAGACUCAUGCUCGCGCCCUGGGGCACGCACGCCUCUCACGUGCUCUCCCAGGUCGGCUCAUGCUCGCCCCCUGGGGCACGCACGCCUCUCACGUCCUCUCCCAGGUACGCUCAACCUCCUGCCUUAUUCAUCAUGAAUCAAUCUCACCCUGCAUUCUCCUCCUCCCCUCCUUCCCACGUCCCCUCCCUCCUCCCCACGUCCCCUCCUUCCCUCUCCCCAUUCCCAGCCGCCCCGUAUGUCGCAGACUUGAUGCCCCUCAGCUCUCUCCCACGACACCAACUGCCCCGUGUGUCGCAGACCCGCUGUCCCUCGGCUCUUUCCCACGGCACCAAGUGGCCUGUGGCGGGGGGUUCUUUCGGCCAGCAACUGGAGAUUUCUCCCGAGGAUGGGCUGUGCCUCUACAUCUCAGGCCAUCACCGCAACCAAUGUGCCUCCCUCCUCUCCCUCUCCUCCCUUCUCUCAGCUGCCCCGGGUCUCCCAGACGCGCUGUCCCUCGGCGCUCUCCCACGGCACCAAGCGGAUGACCAGCCGAGCUACACGGCAGUGACAGCCGUAGACUUCUGCGCGGUAUCAGCGCUGCUGCUGGUGGGGCACGAGGACGGGCUGGUGGAGCUGUUCGAGCUGAGCAUGCGGAGGAGGACUCUGUGCUGCCAGAUCAUCACUGAGAGAGGCGGCUAUGAGCAAGCCACACCCAGUGAGUGCGAGGAGGGCUUUCAGAUGGUGGCUCAGUUCCACCAGCACCGCGCCAAGGUGCGCAGCGUGGCCCUGGCCACGGGCGUGGGACGCCUAGCAAUCGGGGACGACAACGGCAUGGUGUCCCUCAUCAACCUCGACACCUUCACCCUCAUCUGCUACCGCGAACUCCAUCCCGGCUCCUCCUCCUCUCCCAUCUCCGCGACACCCAAACACGCAUCUGGCGCUGUCGGCCUGUUCCUCCUUGACCUGAUGGGAUCCGCGAUUCCAUCGUUUGGAGGCAAGCUGCCACUCCUCUGGGCCAUGCAACAGCCGUCCAUGGCCCGUGCUGACCCGUCUAAAGCCCCUCAUGUGAAGGACGAUACAGCAAAGCCUCCCUCCGGGCGGCGAAACCCUAAAAAGCCGCCGUCCGUCACUGUAGACACCACUUCCGCUACCACUGACCCGUCCGCCGCCCCUGCCGCCUCUCUUGGGCCCGAGAACAGUCCAAAUUCUGCCGCCCGUGCGGAUCCCAGCCCUAGAUCCCGGGGCGGCCCGAGAAUCAGUAUCCAACUAACUGCGGGCGGCAGUCUGAGCUUUAACAUUGUCUCUUCUGGGGAUGCAGAGGGUGAGGCCCUGCAAGGGGCCCGGGCGGAUCAGGAAGGGAAUGGGGCGGUGGGAGGAGGAGGAAGGGGGCAGAGAGGCGGAGGGGGAUCAGGAGGGAAUGAUGGUGAGGCGAUGUCUAUGUCCCUCUCUGCUAUCUCGCCCACCAAUGCUGGAGCAGUAGCAGCUGCAGGAGGCGCAGCAGGAGGAGGAGGAGGUGGAGGUGGAGGCAGAGAGAAAGGAGGAGAAAGAGGAGGGGGGAUGGUGGUAUCUCAUGGUCCAAGCAUGAGUAUGGGAUCUAUAGGCGGAGGGGGAAAAGGGGGAAGAGGAGGAAUGGGGUCGGAUCUAUCCUCCGGUGCUGGUUCAGGUGGCUACUCUGGCUUUGCUUCGGCUCACGACCGGACCUCUGCUAUGUUCAAGCGCUCCCUGACCUCUGUCGCAGGCUCGGGGAGUGCGGUUUGGCCCGAGCCUCACUUUGUGCUGCUGGUGUCUGAGGAUUGCCUGAGGCUCUAUUCCACCAUGGUUGUGCUUCAGGCAGAACGAUCAGCGCUAAAGCGGGUGAAGAUCUUUGAGAACGACAAGUGUGUGUGGGCAGGCACGUUCGGAGCACACCCGCAGUUGCCCCCUGCCAUCAUGGUCAUCUCGUCCCAAGGGCUAGUUGAGAUCAGGUCCCUGCCUGAUCUGCUGCUGGUCACAUCCACAUCAGUAUCGGAGAUGCUCGGUUGGCAGUAUGACAGUCUUCUCAUGCUGCCGCUCACGUGCAUUGCUUCUGACGGCCGCAUUGCCUUUCUGGAUGGAGAGACGGAGAUGGUCCGCCUCUCUCUCUUUGCGCGAGAAAACGCCAUCGGCCUGCCUCACUCGCUCUCGCGCCUCGUCGACCCAUCCAUCCGAGCCUCCAUCCCCCCUCCCCCACUCGCAACCUCCUUCAACACCACUACCACCACUACCACUUCUGCUGCUGCUGCUGCUGCUGCUGCUGCUGCUGCUGCCGCCGCCGUUGCUGCUUCUGGUGCUAUUACUGCGGUUUCAUCGGAUGGGGUGGGUGUGGAGGGGUCUCCAAGGCACGAGGAGUCACCCAGUCAAGGGGGAGGGGAUGCGCUGCGGGCUGUGAGGAGCGAGGGUUUCUUGCAACCAGGGGAAGGUGCCGCUGCGUCCGGCUCGCCCUCCUCCUUCCUCCGAGGCAGCAAGCCAGGGGAUGGCGCUUCUGCGUCUGGCUUGCGCUCCUCCUUCCUCCGAGGCACCAAGGUGCACUUGAAGUGCUACCCUCCAAGGUGA